AUGGCAUUCGACGUAGAAAACAGUUUGUGUUCGAUAUUGAAAAAUACGCAUUUUAGUCUACAGUUAGAUGAGUCAAUACUUUCUGGAAAUGACUCUUUAUUACUUGCAUAUGUACGUUUUGUCAAAGAUGGCCGGAUUAUGCAGGAAUUACUUUUUGCACGAAUGCUAGAAACCAAUACUAAAGGGAAAUCAAUGUUCGACAAAGUUAACGAAUUUUUGAUUCUCAAAAAUAUACCAAUAACGAAUAUAGUUGCCUGUGCAACUGAUGGGACACCUUCCAUGAUCGUUAUUUCUUCUAUUAACAAAAUUAAAUCAAACUCGUUGAAUUCACGUCUUUUUUACCAGCUUUGUGUCGAUAAUGAUGAAGAUUUUUUACGACUUUUAAUGCAUUCAGAAGUAAGAUGGCUAUCAAAGGAUGACUGUUUGGGACAUUUCUGCGAACUAGAAGUUCCGGAAUGGAUCAUAGAUUCUUUUCAAGAUAUCGACGACGUUGAAUCUUGUUAUCAACUGGAACUAAUUGUAUUGAAAAAUGAUUGGGAAUUGAAACAAACACUCAAACAAAAGUCAUGUCAAGAUUUUUGGCUACAGGCGGAUAUUCCUGAUAAAUAUCAUGUGUUAUGGGAGAAAGCUAAAUUAUUUUUUAUCGCUUUUCCUACUUCUUACUUGGCUGAGAGAAGCUUUAGCGUUGUAUCUCAACUCGUUACCAAAAGUCGAAACCGUUUAGACGUUGCUGAGAGAGGAGAUCUACGGCUUCGUCUUAAGAACAUAAAGCCAAGUGUAGAAGAACUUGUUUCUAAAUUCAUACAACGUCAUUGUUCUCAUUGA